AAAUCCGUGGGCGCCAAAAAACCCCUCCCCCAAAAUUUGCAACCCCGCCAAAGCCAUUGGUCAGAAAAAUACACACACACACACACUCACACUCACACACACUCUCUCCUUUGAAAUCACAAACCUACCUUAUAGACACACACACUCACAACGUUACCAAAUCCCACUUCCAAACGUUGCGUUCUGCAAAAAAGGGAAGGUAAAUCCACCAAUGGGUGCGGCUUCUCUUGUGGAUUCACCGGCACCUUCCGAUGAAUCAGGUGCUAUGAACAGGAAGAGCAAAAAGAAACCUGUUGUUUCCAAAACUAAAGAUGAAGUCAAGGCUGGAGAUAAAAAAAAGAGGAGUUUUUCAAAGAGCAGUGAGCAGCCUGCUGCUACUUGCAAAAGGCCAAAACGAGCUGCAGCAUGUGAAAAUUUCAAGGAGAAAUCUUUUUCCAUAUCUGAGAAAUCCUGUCUCAUUGAAUGCAAGAAGGAUCAGAUUGUAGAUGAAGAAAUGCUAGCUGUCCGCCUGACCUGUGGACAGGACGAUGGCCGUCCAAAUAGGAGACUUACAGACUUUAUCCUUCAUGAUGAAAGUGGUACAGCACAGCCACUUGAGAUGCUGGAAAUUAAUGAUUUAUUUAUCACUGGGGUUAUAUUGCCACUAGAAGGAAGUACAGAGAAGAAAAAAGAGAACAGUGUUAGAUGUGUAGGCUUUGGUCGAAUUGAAUCAUGGGAUAUAUCUGGAUAUGAAGAUGGCUCUCCAGUUAUAUGGAUUUCGACUGAUAUUGCUGAUUAUGAUUGCCUAAAACCAGCCCUUAGUUACAAAAAAAUUUAUGAUCAUUUCUUUGAAAAGGCCCGUGCAUGUAUAGAAGUAUACAAAAAACUUGCAAAGUCUUCUGGUGGGGACCCUGACAUAAGUCUUGAUGAGUUACUUGCUGGUAUAGCACGGUCUAUGAGUGGUAGCAAGUUCUUCUCUGGAACUGCCUCUCUAAAAGAUUUUGUUAUUUCUCAGGGUGAGUUUAUUUAUAAGCAGCUCAUAGGUUUAGACAUGUCAGACAAGACAAAUGACAAGAUGUUUGCAGAUAUUCCUGCUCUUGCCUCUCUUAGAGAUGAGAGUAAGAAACAAGCAAACUAUGCACACGCACAAGUGAUGCCUUCAAAUGGGAGUUUAAGAAUUGAUUCUGGAAUUGGAGAUGAGGGGAAGAAGGAUCAGAUGGAUUCAAUACCUUCUGUAGCUGAGGAAGAUGAUGAUGUAAAGUUAGCACGGCUGUUACAGGAAGAAGAGAAUUGGAAAUCCAUGAAGCAGAAGAAAAAUCCCAGAUCAGCCUCAUCUAACAAAUACUAUAUCAAAAUUAAUGAAGAUGAGAUUGCCAAUGAUUAUCCCCUUCCUGCUUAUUAUAAAACCUCCCUUCAGGAGACAGAUGAAUUCAUUGUUUUUGAUAAUGACUAUGACAUAUAUGACACUGAAGAUCUUCCUCGAAGCAUGCUGCACCAUUGGACUUUAUACAACUCUGAUGCAAGAUUGGUUUCCUUGGAACUUCUUCCUAUGAAACCUUGUUCAGAGAUUGAUGUAACCAUCUUUGGCUCAGGUAUAAUGACUUCAGAUGACGGAAGCGGGUUCCAUCUAGAUACUGAGUCUGGCCAAUCUUCUUCUACUGCUUCUGGAGCACAGGUAACUGAUGGAAUGCCAAUUUAUUUAAGUGCCAUAAAGGAGUGGAUGAUUGAAUUUGGAUCAUCUAUGAUUUUCAUAUCCAUCCGAACUGAUAUGGCCUGGUAUAGACUUGGGAAACCAUCAAAGCAGUAUGCUCCUUGGUAUUACACAGUAAUGAAAACUGCAAGGGUUGCUAUAAGCAUUAUCACCUUGUUAAAGGAGCAAAGCCGAGUAUCGCGACUUUCGUUUGGAGAUGUCAUCAAGAAAGUAUCUGCGUUUACUCAGAACCAUAAGUCCUACAUUUCUUCUGAUGCAUCAAAAGUUGAGAGAUAUGUUGUUGUCCAUGGACAGAUAAUUUUGCAACUGUUUGCAGAAUAUCCUGAUGAAAAGAUCAGAAAGUCUCCAUUUGUUUCUGGUCUCAUGAACAAAAUGGAAGAACGACACCAUACUAAAUGGUUAGUGAAGACGAAGAAAGUUUUGACAAGGAGUGAACCAAAUUUAAAUCCUAGGGCAGCGGUGGCUUCUAUUGUAUCCAAGAGGAAAGCUAUGCAAGCUACAACAACAAAGCUGAUCAAUAGAAUAUGGGGAGAGUAUUACUCAAACCACAUGCCAGAGGGUUCAAAAGAGGGGACUGCCAGUGAACUAAAGGAUGAUGAGGAUGAAGUGGAGGAACAGGAAGAAAAUGAAGACGAGGAUGCUGAGGAGGAGACAAUAUGCUUGGAGGGAACCCAAAAGUCACACUCAGUUUCCACACAAACCAAGACAUCUUCUGCUGACGGAGAAAUAAGAUGGGAGGGGGAUCCUGAAGGGAAGACCUGUUCUGGAAAUCUUCUUUAUAAACAGGCAAUUAUUCAUGGUGAAGUUGUUUCUGUGGGCAAAUCUGUGUUGGUGGAAGUUGACGAAUUAGAUGAACUUCCUGAUAUAUAUUAUGUUGAAUAUAUGUUUGAAUCAAAGAAUGGAAAAAAAAAUUUUCAUGGUAGGCUGAUGCAGCGUGGUUGCGAGACUGUUCUUGGCAACACUGCAAAUGAGAGAGAGGUGUUUUUGAGUAAUGAAUGCAGGGAUUUGGGACUGCAGGAUGUUAUGCAGACAGUUGUUGUUAAUAUUCAAAAAAGGCCUUGGGGACAUCAGUAUCGAAAGGAUAAUAUCAUUGCAGAUAAAAUGGAUAGGGCUAGAGCAGAAGAAAGGAAGAAGAAAGGACUACCCGCUGAAUAUUACUGUAAGAGCUUGUACUGGCCUGAAAGAGGUGCUUUCUUCAGCCUUCCAUUUGACACUUUGGGUUUAGGGUCUGGAGUUUGUCACUCUUGUAAACUAAAGGAAGACCAAGAGGAGAAGGAUAUUUUCAAAAUAAAUUCAUCCAAGUCUGGUUUCCUAUUGAGAGGAACAGAAUAUUCUCUUAAUGAUUAUGUUUAUGUAAGUCCUGCUUACUUUGAAAAGAUAGAGCAAGGAACACACAAGAGUGGGAGGAAUGUUGGGUUGAAAGCUUAUGUUGUGUGCCAAGUUCUUGAGGUCAUUGUCCAAAAGGAAAUAAAAAAAGCUGAAAUAAAGUCUACUGAGGUCAAAGUCAGAAGGUUCUUCCGACCAGAUGAUGUAUCAAAUGAGAAGGCUUACUGCUCUGAUGUACAAGAGGUGUAUUACAGUAAUGAAACACAUACAAUCUCUGUAGAAUCCAUAGAAGGAAAAUGUGAAAUCAGAAAAAAGAAGGACAUCCUUGAAAGCUGUUCCCCUGGAAUAUUCCAAAAUGUUUUUUUCUGUGAGCACUUGUAUGAUCCUGCUACUGGGUCAAUCAAGCAGUUGCCAGCUCAAAUCAAAGUAAAAUAUUCAAGUGGACAUACAGCUGAUGCUGCAGCUAGAAAGAAAAAGGGAAAAUGUACAGAGGGAGAUGACAUUUCAGAUACUGAUAAGGAAAUAAAUUUAUCAAAUGAAAAACGUUUAGCAACGUUGGACAUUUUUGCCGGCUGUGGUGGCUUAUCAGAGGGAUUGCAGCAGUCAGGAAUUGCAUCAACUAAAUGGGCUAUUGAGUAUGAAGAACCAGCCGGGAAUGCAUUUAAAGCUAAUCAUCCUGACGCAUUGGUGUUUAUUAACAAUUGCAAUGUUAUUCUUAGGGCUGUAAUGGAGAAGUGUGGAGACAUAGAUGAUUGUAUCUCAACGACUGAGGCGGCAGAAUUGGCUGCGAAGCUUGAUGAGAAUGAAUCAAGUAGUUUACCGAUCCCUGGGCAAGUUGAUUUCAUUAAUGGGGGACCUCCAUGCCAGGGUUUCUCUGGAAUGAAUAGGUUUAACCAAAGCACUUGGAGUAAAGUCCAGUGCGAGAUGAUAUUAGCAUUCUUAUCCUUUGCUGAUUAUUUCCGGCCAAGGUAUUUCUUGUUGGAGAAUGUCAGGACCUUUGUGUCCUUUAAUAAAGGCCAGACAUUCCGUUUAACCUUGGCUUCACUUCUUGAGAUGGGUUAUCAGGUGAGGUUUGGUAUUCUGGAGGCGGGAGCUUACGGGGUUUCACAGUCAAGAAAAAGGGCAUUUAUAUGGGCAGCCUCUCCUGAAGAUGUGCUUCCUGAGUGGCCAGAACCAUUGCAUGUCUUUGCAGCCCCUGAGUUGAAAAUCACAUUGUCCAGAAAUAUCCAAUAUGCUGCGGUUCGCAGUACUGCACACGGUGCCCCUUUACGUGCAAUGACCGUCCGGGACACCAUUGGUGAUCUCCCACCUGUGGGCAAUGGAGCUUCAAAAACAAACAUGGAGUAUCAACAUGAUCCUGUCUCAUGGUUCCAAAAGAAGAUUCGACGUGAUAUGGCUGUCUUGACAGAUCAUAUCUCAAAGGAGAUGAAUGAGUUGAACUUGAUUCGGUGUCAGAGAAUACCGAAGAAACCAGGUGCUGAUUGGCGUGCCCUUCCAGAUGAGAAGAUAACAUUGUCUACUGGACAAGUUGUUGAUUUGAUACCAUGGUGCUUGCCAAACACAGCUGAUCGACACAAUCAGUGGAAGGGAUUGUUUGGUAGGUUGGAUUGGCAAGGGAACUUCCCAACUUCCAUCACAGAUCCUCAACCAAUGGGCAAAGUUGGAAUGUGCUUCCAUCCUGAUCAGGAUAGGAUUCUUACUGUUCGUGAAUGUGCACGCUCUCAAGGCUUCCCAGACAACUACCAAUUUUCUGGCAACAUUAUACACAAACACAGGCAGAUUGGUAAUGCUGUUCCUCCUCCUCUAGCAUUUGCUUUAGGGAGAAAGCUCAAGGAAGCGGUGGAUAGUAAGGGCUCCACUUAGGAAGAUAGCCAGAUGGGGCAUUAAAGAGCAUGCUCAUCAUAUUAAAAGAUUAGAUAAUAGUCAUCAACAAAUUGCAAAUUAUAUUUCAGGAUUCUAGAAACAAUUAAUCCUUGUAUAGAUCAGUACCCCUUGGUCAGUUUUAGGUUAAUUUCUUGUUUGAUUUUUCUUGGUGGAAGAAUUGGAAGCACAAUGUUACAUAACUCAUUUUUUUAUCAACAUGGGUUUUCUUGAUUGGUUGA